GAAGGUAAAGCUGAGAGUAUUUGCUAACUAGCAAAACCCUCGUCUUGUCCUCUCCCUGUCUCUCUCUUGGAGCUCCGAACUGAAAACCAAUGGCGGCUUUCGAACUCCUUCUCUCUCAAGCUCGCCGUCAUUGCUUCGCCAGAACUCCCUCUCAUUUUUCUCUCCUCCUCCGCACUACUAAUUACUCUCUGACCAAGUCAUUUCUAGGGUUUCACAGAUCACUCAGUUCUUCAUCACCACCACCACCACCACCAGAUUCAUCUUCCGAACCAAACUCAGAGACUCGACCUCACGAACUAACAAGGACACCUCCGCCUGUACAAGCAGUUUCGUACCCUGUAAAACCCAAAGACCCAUCUCCGCCUCAAGAAGAGCCUCCUCAAUCCACAGCCCCUCAUCGAACGCCACAACCCGCUGAUACAAUCUCCGAAAGACCCUUGAACGCCCAGGCACCGACUUGGACUCGAGAAGAUAUUCGGUACGUAAAAGAUGUGCCAUCGAUAACGCCGGUGUCGUAUCCAUCUCGUGUGGCGCCACUGCCUGAAGAUAGAGCUGACGUGUCGGCAGAAAAUGAGCAGAGAGAGGAUAGACAGGAGGGGAAUGAGCAAUUCGAGAGAGAGAGGAAGAGGAUUGAGGCUGAUCAUCGGAGGAUUAGGCCGGGGCAUAUUGUUGAAGAGGAGAAGGUUCCAUUUCCGACUCUCAUUAAGGUUGAACAGAGGAAGGGGGAAAAGGUUAUCUACGAUCUUAAGGAGGCAAUUCGGCUCGUCAAGGCUAAUGCCAAGCGGAAUUUCAAUGAAACUGUUGAAGCUCAUGUAAAUUUGGCUCCUGAACUACGUCGAACUGACCUGAAGCUUAGUGGUUCUGUGAAACUGCCUCAUAAUCUUGGAAAGUCUGUUAGGGUGGUUGUCUUUGCUGAAGGAACAGCUGCAGACGAAGCAAGAGCUGCAGGAGCUGAUAUAGUUGGCGGUCCAGAGCUUAUCGAGGAAAUCAAGAAUGGCAAUGUUAAGGUCAAUUUUGACAAAUGUAUUGCCACUCCAAAAAUAAUGCCUGUUGUUGGAAAAGAGAUAUCAAAAAUUCUUCGCCGUUUGACACCAAAUCCUAGAAGUGGUACUGUGACGACUGAUGUUGCGAGAGUGGUGAGAGAGGCAAAGGAAAACAUUGAUUUAAAGAAAGACCCAUCUGCAAUUGUGCAUGUAGGGCUUGGGAAGGUGAGUUUUUCAGAGGAGGCUUUACGUGAAAAUGUCGGUGCAUUUGUGAAUGCUCUUUUGCUUGCAAAACCUGUAGGCUUAAAGAAGAGUUCCAAGUAUGCUGGGUACGUAAACUCCUUCCAUUUAUGCAGCACGAUGGGCCCAGCUUUUCCUGUCUCAAUACAAUCAUUGUCCAUAGCUGCAGAUCAGUACAACAAACUGCAACUGAGGUGACAUUGUCAGUGGUGGUUGCAGCUUAAAUCGGAUUGCAGCUUGAUUUUUUAAUUGAAGUUCAUUUUCUCCAUUUUUGAAGCGAGGCCUCUCUUACUCUUCUAUCUCUUUCAACUUUUAUUCUCUUUUUGCUUUUCUUUUUUCCUUUCAGCUUUAUUUCAUAUGUAAUAAUUCAUUAUCAUGUACUGUUAUGAUUGGAGGAGUUGGGCUAUGAUUGAUGGGAUGGAUACAUGGAUAUCAAGUUCCCUAUGUUUUCUGUUAUAACGCUGUUAUCCUUGGUAAGGCAUUUGACAAUGAGAUUGGCACGUCCCUUGCUUAUUGCGCUUUGUUUGCUUAA